AUCAACGAAUCGCAGAACUGCUUCUCAAGCCCGAUAUUAAUUCAAUCCCUAUCUUAUUCGAUCGUCACGUGCGUCACACUAAAUGUAUAAUUUAAGCAUGAAUCGAAAUGAAUCAGUCUGAAUGCUGGUUAUCGUGACUUAACGCGACAUCUUCGGGAUAAGAAGUAAGUAGACAUGGAAGGGAACGAUGACGGAAGCCGCUUGGUGUCAGACGUACCAAAAAUUAACAUCGACAAGCCGAGAUGGGAUCAAACGCAUUAUUGGGGAAGGGCAAGACACUUCUUCACUGUUACCAAUCCUCUCAACAUUUUGAAAACUUCCGGAGAACUGGAGGAGGCGCGUCAGAUAGUCAAAUCAUACAAGGCAGGGAAAGAAAUACCGGGACUGACAGUCGACCAACUGUGGAACGCGAAGCAAACGUACGACUCUGCAUUCCAUCCCGAUACCGGCGAGAAACAGAUCAUCGUUGGGCGCAUGUCAGCUCAAGUACCGAUGAACAUGAUCAUCACAGGCGGCAUGUUGACUUGGUACAAAAAUCCCAGCACCGUGAUUUUCUGGCAGUGGACGAACCAGUCCUUCAACGCGCUCGUCAACUAUACGAACCGAUCCGGAGCCUCUCCCAUCACGAUGCAGCAACUUGGCUUGAGUUACGCUCUCGCGACCACGGCGGCAAUGACCACAGCUCUGGGUCUCAAUCGUACCGUCAAGAUGUUCUCCCCAUUGAUCGGGAGAUUCGUGCCCUUUGCUGCCGUAGCAGCUGCGAACGCGUUUAAUAUCCCUCUGAUGCGUCAGAAGGAAAUUUUCUCCGGGAUUCCAGUGCUAGAUCAGGAUGAUAAUCCCAUCGGUGAAUCGACUGUGGCAGCUCAAGAAGGAAUCCGUAACGUCGUCAUCAGCAGAAUAUUUAUGGCGGCGCCCUCGAUGAUGGGAAUCCCCGUCGUGAUGAAUCACCUAGAGAAGAAAGGAGUACUAAAACGGUACCCGUGGGCCAACGCUCCUCUCCAAAUCGUGCUCUGUGGAGUGGUCCUCGUUUUCGCUACCCCUCUCUGUUGUGCCUUGUUCCCACAAAUGUCCUCCAUUGCAGUGACGCGUCUUGAGCAGGAACUGCAGGUCCCCGCGUGGCUUCUUAUUACGUCCUCCUUUUGACAGCGCGUCAUCACCCGCAAUGGGUUCCUUUUCUUCGUGUAGGAAAAAGUGAAGAGCAUGAAGAAUCCUCCAGUGUAUGUCUGGUAUAACAAAGGCCUAUGACGCGGAGGCAAAACAAGUAUGGCGAUUUCGCGAGGGAACAAUCUGGCCAUCGUUCAGGAAGAACCGCGAACUCAUCAUCAGCCUUUAAAGAUGAAAUGCACAUGAGUAUUAUGCAGUGGAAAAAGUGGCACAUGUGUUUCCGAAAUUGAAUUCUUACCUUACCGUAACCGGGAAAUAUAUGCAAGUGAUCAUUGAAAAAUAA